AUGUACAUGGAAAAAGACUACAUUUUGUGUAAAAUUGUUUGCAUAGCAUUGGACUACAGAACAUUGCAAGUAAAGUAAACCACAUUUUGUUCUGUGCAAUUUUUUGACAGGAGGAAAGACACUGAGUGUUGUGCCUAUGUGAAAAGAUUUAUAGAAGGCCGUGUUUUUUCAGUGCUAAUGAUCAGUACCAUCUCACUGAAUGCCUUGUGUAUGGUUUUGCAGACCAAUUACGACAUUAGAAAUUAUUUGUUCUUAAUUUUUGAGGUAGUAGAAGUCCUAUUUAUGUCUGUUUAUUGUUUUGAGUUCUGCAUCAAACUUUACGUGGAUCCCCUUGGAUAUUGGAAGAAUGGAUACAAUUUGUUGAAUGUUGUCAUCAUCAUCAUCCUUUCUGUUCCUUUUUAUAUGCGGAAGCUGUUUGGCAGGCACUACCCAUAUCUAAAUAUAGGAGAAGGCAUCCAGUCUCUUCGAAUUCUCAAACUCAUUCCCUACAGCCGAGGAAUAAGGACUCUGAUCACUGCAUUGGGACAGACAAUCUGCACUGUGGCUUCCGUCAUGACCCUGCUGUUCCUGAUGAUGUUCAUCUUUGCCAUCUUAGGCUUUUGUCUGUUCGGAUCAACUGAUGCGGGUGACUUGAAUAACUGGGGAAACCUUGCCGUGGCCUUCUUCACCCUUUUCAGCUUGACCACGGUGGAUGGCUGGACAGAUCUUCAGAAAGACCUGGAUGAGCGGGGGUUUACUCUGAGCAGGGCUUUUACCAUUUUCUUUAUCUUGUUGGGCUCCUUUGUGUUCCUCAGUAUGUUUGUUGGUGUCAUGAUCAUUCACACAGAGGAUUCGAUCAAGAAAUUUGAAAAGGAAUUGGAAGAUGAGCGACAUGUGGCUGUUCUGCAAGAGAAACAAAACAUCCUGAAGAAGCAGCAGGAAGAAGUCAGCAGACUCAUGCAGAAAGGGACAAACAGUGAAUAUAAAACUUUCAGUGAGCUGGUGGAAGGUUUUAAGAAGACUCUGAGACAUUCAGACCCCAUGGUCUUGGAAGAUUUCUGUACCACCCUUCCCUUCAUUGAUAUUUACCUGUCAACACUGGACAACCAAGAUAAUACUAUUUCUAAGCUCCAAGAACUCUAUUAUGAAAUGGUAAACGUUUUGAACCAGAUGCUAGAUGACAUACCAACCAAGAAACGUUCAUUUUCAUCUGAGAGGUCUGUGGAAGUUUAG